AUGACUUCUGAGCAAGAUUCCACGGAAACCGCCCCACAAACCGAAACACGGCGAGAUACGCUGAAUAUUAUUCUACUUGGUCGCACCGGAAGUGGGAAGAGUGCCACCGGAAAUAGCAUAAUUGGAGAACGAGUUUUCCACAGUGCCCGAUCUUUAGUUUCAGCCACAGAAAAAACUCAAUGGGCGUCGUCCCAAUUUGGGCAAAGAAAGAUCGUUGUGAUCGACACUCCGGGACUGUUCGACAAUCGCGAUGAUUCCUCACAAUCCCACGUGUUGACAGAAGUGAGCAAAAGUAUCGGCAUUGCCGUGAGUCAAGGUGACGGGAUAGAUGCCCUUGUCCUCACGCUCAAUGCGGAUGAACGAUUAACGGAAGAGCAUAUAGCUGGCAUCAAAGUCAUACGCCAAGUAUUCGGGGAUAAUAUUAUGAAUAGGGUGAUAGUUUUAUUUACCAGGAAAGACCAGCUUGACCAGGAAGGUAUGACACUGGACCAAUACUUGUCUGAUGUGCCGCCGUUCCUGAAGCGGCUUUUCCGCGACUGUGGUAAUCGGGUCAUGGCAUUUGAUAAUGACACAGAUAACACUCAAGACAAACAAGAUCAAGUCGAUAAGCUUAUUGAGAUGGUGGACAAAACUAAUGAGCAGAAUGGCAAUAAACCAUUCAACAACCACCUGACUGAGCGUGUGAAGGAGAUAUUGAAAAUGGAUAGAGAUCAAUAUAACGGGGAUGCCGAUGAGGCAGUGAAAAUGCAGUGUGUGGAUAUCGCUAAUGGCGAUGCAAUUAUUAUAAGAAACAUAGCCGCCGUGUUCUUUCGUAUUUUAUCUCAUGCACUUCGUCUACUAUGGGGACAAUUGUAA